AUGCGGGAGUGGAUGGACUUCUUCCAGGAAGACGAAGAUAUUUCUGCGGAGGAGCUCCCGGUCUUGGAUAAGCUCCUUGACCAGAUGGACACUUCAGGCCCCUUCUGCAUCCAGAUGCGGCGGGCUUCGUUUUUGGAAGGCGAUGGCCAGAUCUCUGCGGAGGAGAUCACCGCCGCGUUGAAUGACCAGAGCCUGAAGAUGCCUGCCGUCCGUGCCAAGCUGGUGGAGUUCAUGCAGAACGUGGGCUGUGGCGGAGCUGUGCCGGCCGAGUGCUCGCCGCGAGCGAUCCGCCAGCGCGGGACUCCUUGCCGCGAGAGAAAGCGAGUCCGUGGCUUUCGGUCCGCAGAGCUGCAGUCCUGUAAGGUUGACAUUGAAGCCUUGGGACAAGCUCUGCAAGUGGUGGAGCAGAAGAACCUGGAGUACAUGAAUCGGGUUCACAAGCAGGAGACCAAAGAGCAGCAGCUGAAGGGCGAGAACGCCACCCUGCAAGAAGAGGUGGAGCUGAUUCGCUCAGAGAUAGAUGGUCUCCGGAAGCAGCUGGAGGGGGACGAGGAGUCUAGAUCAAAGUUCGAGCGUGCGCGGAGUCAGCUCGAGAUGACCAUCGAAGCCCUUGAGGUCCAGGUGGAUACCCUCAAGAAGGCCCUCAGCACUUCGGAGCGUGCCAACGAGCAGCUGCAGGAUGAGAACCGCACCACUGCAGACAGGUGUCGAGAGACCGCCGACAAGGUCUAUGCGCUCAUGGACUCCCUGCGCCUGAAUCAGGUGGAGCUGAAGAAGCUCGAAGCAGAGAACUCCUCGAGGGACAAGAAGCUAUUGGCCCUCGAGCGGCAGACGCAGAACCUGCAGGCGAAGAUCUCGAUGGAGAUCGACGCCAAGGUGCUGGCAGAGCAAGAGCGUAAAGAGGCGGAGCAAGAGGCCGUUGUCCUCAAAAAGAAGAAUAAGAAGAUUGAGGACAACGUGACCCUCUCCCAAGGCGCCCAAGAGAAGGCGGAGAAGGAGAUUACGGAGCUCAACGACCGCGUGGGCCAGCUGCAAACGCAGAACGCCUACCUGGCGAGCCGCAUCGAUGGCCAAGAGGAGGAGAAGGCCUCCUUCAAGGUCGAGAUCCGGAAGGUCUCAGACAAAGCCAGCGAGCUCUCCGGCGAGAACUCCAGGCUACGUGAUGAGAUCGAUUCCUUCGAGGAGAAGACAGCGACCACCAUCAAUGACACCGAAUCCUUCAAGAAAGAGCUGGAGUACAUCAAGCGAGAAGAUGUGCUGGACGAAGCUGGUCGGCAACGGCCCAUCCUGAUCCAGUCCACAGAGUCGGACCUUUUAGAGAAGCUGCAGGUGAAUGAGUUCCUCUACGAGGCGCAGCAGGCCCGGAAUCCGGUGCCGCCCAUGAUCGAGAAGAUCGCCCAGCUUUUAGCCAUGCUCCACGAGGGCCAGCAGCGCGCGGACGCCUACCUCGGGGACCUCUCCAAGUCCAACGCCUUGGUCUCCGCCAUGCGCCAGAGGAACAUGGCCCUCUUCAGCCGCACCCAGAUGUUCGAGUCCUUCAAGUCUCGGGCGCUGAUGCGGUACGUCAUGAACAUGGUGGAGGGCGACCGCAUCUAUGACCUGCAUUUGGAUGGUCUUAGCUUUGGCAUGCGCGAGAUCAAGGAGAUGCUGGGCCUUUUCCAGCGCUACGAGUGCUUUGAUCAGGUCUAUGUCCUCAGCCUCAUUGACAACGGCCUGGAUGACGCUGCGGUGAACAUCAUCCUCCAAGUCAUCUUCCAGCUGCCCUACCUGAAGUCUUUCGACUUGCGGAGGAACUGCUUCAGCAACGAAGGCAUCAAAAGAAUAGAGGAGCAGCUGAGAGACAUGGACGGUGUGACGGGCGUGAUCAAGAGCGUAGAUGGGACCCUGAAUGUGCAUAGCGGCAACCAGCUCCGACUGGCCCUCCACGUUGGCGAGCAGUUGGAGAAGACUCAGUUGGCCAAAGACGUGGACUUCACAGUGGACUCCAGCCUCAGCCACGCGGAGGCGGAUCCCUUCCUCGAGACCGCCGCGGCGAGGUCAGAGCAUCCUUGGACGCAGACGGCCCAACGGCCGCCCCAGAAGGCCGUGCCGGACGUGAGCUCGGUGCCUUUGGAGAAACCCUCAGCCGCGCCUGCCGUGCCGGCGGUGGGCGGCCCCCCGGUGGGCCUGGGCGGCCCGGGGAACCUGGCGGCGCUGAACAAGAAGUUGACCAAGUCCAAGACGGGGGCCAGCCUUCCGGACCCUUUCAAGAAAAAGGGAACCAAGGGCAAGGUGCCUUCCGGAACCAUGGAGUACAACCCCAACGACCAGACGGUGCAGGUGCAGCAGGGCCAGGAUGGAACGCCGAGGAUGCCAAAGAUCAGCGCGUCCACGCCCAGCCUGGGGGGGGAUCGCCCCGCCUCCGGGGGCGGCCUCAAGCGGUCAGCGUCGCAAAAGUCCACCGACAAGCGCGGCCGCUGAGCCUGCGAGAGCAAGUCCAGCCCUGAAAUUGUGAGGUGCAAGGUACCUUUUUGUGAGUUGGGACGGGGAAUAGCCAGUACAGCAUGCCUUAG